CUAUAGUGUUAGUAGUAUUGUUGUGUAGUGAAAACGGUGCGUUUAAACUUUAUGGGAAUAGGAGUAGGUAAUGCGGGUGCCAGCUGUUACCAUAUCACUCUUCUUCUCUGCUAUUCUUCUCUUCUCUUCUUCAUCACUGCUCAGAUUCUUCCAUUAGGGUUUCCUUUUUCCACCCGAUCCAUAUUUCCUUUUCUGCAACUAUUCCUUCGUCGAUUUCAUUUUACACUUCUCGCCGUUCCACGGCUUGAUAGUCUUGGAGUAUAGUCUCACUGGUUUUGACCUGUGCAGUAGCAUGUUUGUGUUGGCUUCGGCUAUUAGAUCUUGAGCUUGGGGGUAUUACAUCAUUCCUACACUGCUAUGUGGUACCAAUUGGCUUAUCACCGGCAACUGCCACUCUGUUCUAGUGUGUAGAGCUCAAUGGUACCAGAGGGCUAGAGAGUUAUGGGCUGCUCUCAGGAUGCUAAUGGUUAUAGGGGUUUCUUUUACUGUCAGCUAAUUCUCUUUAUCGUGUGGCUUCCUACUUUUCAAGAUGUGACAGCACGAGAAGUACAUGCUGACCAUAGAAGAAUUACUUCUCUGGUAGAGUUAGUUAAGCAACCCGCUUCUGGUGAAUCUGGACUCUUUGACCCUAUAGAAAUAUCACCUGCUGUCUUACCAAAAUUCCCGUAUCCCUCUGAGUCUUUGCCACCAAUGUAUCCUACUUUCCCAACCAGAUAUGAACCAGUUUUAACGGGAAAAUGUCCCGUGAACUUUUCCCAUCCAGGUAUAUCGAAUAUACUAGAUAGAACAGCAUCUGAUUGCUCUGGACCUUUAGCAGCCCUUGUAGGGAAUGUAAUAUGUUGUCCUCAGUUUAGUAGCUUGAUCCACAUCUUCCAGGGUUUCUACAGCAUGAAAUCCGAUGAUUUGGUUCUACCUAACGCUGUUUCCAAUCAUUGUUUUUCUGAUAUCAUUAGUAUUCUAGCCAGUAGAGGGGCUAAUAGUACGAUCCCUACACUAUGCUCCAUAAAAUCAUCUAACUUUACAGGCGGGUCAUGUCCUGUGAAGGAUGAUAUUACUCUCGAAAAAACAGUCAAUACAAGUAAGUUAGUUGAGGCGUGCAGCACUGUUGAUCCACUUAAAGAAUGCUGCAGACCUGUUUGCCAGCCUGCCAUAAUGGAUGCAGCCCUACAGAUUUCUGGAAGACAAACGACGAUUAACAAUAAUGAAAAUAUGGCCGGGGAAGUGAAUCACACUGACUAUCUUAAUGAUUGUAAAGGUGUGGUUUAUUCAUAUCUUUCCAAAAAGCUAUCAUUUGAAGCUGCAAAUACUGCAUUCCGGAUACUGUCUGCCUGCAAAGUCAAUAAAGUUUGUCCUUUGAGUUUUAAGGAGCCUGCUGAAGUAAUCAGUUCAUGUAAGAAUGUAGCUGCCCCUAGUCCUUCCUGUUGUAGUUCAUUGAACGCGUAUAUUGCUGGGAUACAAAAGCAAAUGUUAAUUACAAAUAAACAAGCUAUAAUAUGUGCAACACUUUUUGGAUCUAUGUUGCGUGGAGGUGGAGUGAUGACAAAUAUUUAUGAGCUUUGUGAUGUUGAUUUGAAAGAUUUCAGCAUACAAGCUUAUGGACAACAAGGAUGUUUACUUCGGAGCUUGCCUGGAGAUGUGAUAUUUGACAAUUCAUCCGGCUUUAGCUUUACAUGUGAUUUGACUGACAACAUUGCUGCGCCCUGGCCAUCAUCAUCUUCAAUGGCAUCUUUGUCACUCUGUGCUCCCGAGAUGUCAUUACCAGCUCUCCCAACUUCACAAACAUUAAAAAAUAAUGGUUGUAAUUCCGGUGGCGUUGGAUUGCUUUUGCUUAUUUUUUCAUUUUUCAUCUUCAGUACGCUGUUGUGUUGAAGAGAUUUUAGGGUUUAGAAGUGUGUCAGGAAGGCAGUUCAAUGUGUCUUUGGUGUGGCUUUUGAAUGUAUAUUUUUGAAUGGCCUCAUUGUAUAGAAAUCGCCCUUUUUCUCCACAUUUCCUCGUGUCUUCCUUCUUGUAUGUUCUGAGCAGAUCAUUCCGGAGUUAGUGCUCAUUUGAUUUAGGAUCCAUAAUUGUGCUGUGAAGGGUUCGAUUA